CUUUCUGUUUGCGUGAUUUUAAAAGAUGACUGCAGCCCCCCCUCCGGUAAAACCCGGCAGCCCAUGCAGCGACCCGGGAGGAGGAGAAGCGAACACGCUCGAGGCAGAGGGAAGAAGGAAGGAGCCAGCCCAGGGACCAGAAGACGACCCCGGCUCUCUGGUGAUGGCAUGGAUCGGACACUUUUCCAGCAGCCGCUUUACCUACCUCUCAGUCCUGCCACUGUCCAGCGCCCCCGAAGUGCCACGGCACAAGACUGAUGCAGAGCUGCUCUUAGCAACCCAGUCAUGGCUGGAGAUUCUAGGAUCUUCAUGAACCAGGACAUGGACAUCGGAGUUACGUCCAGAGAGCCUAAAAAGAUUCCCAAACAGGCCCGGGAUGAUGUUCCCAUUGCCACUGACCGAACCCGCCUCAUAUCAGCAGAAGGCAAGAAGCCACGUCAGCGUUACAUGGAGAAAAGUGGCAAGUGCAACGUGCACCAUGGAAAUGUCCAAGAAACCUAUCGAUACCUUAGUGACCUCUUCACUACGCUGGUGGACCUCAAGUGGCGUUUUAAUCUUCUUGUCUUCACUAUGGUCUAUACCAUCACUUGGUUGUUUUUUGGGUUCAUAUGGUGGCUCAUUGCCUAUAUCCGGGGAGACCUGGACCAUCUUGAAGAUGAGAACUGGAUCCCUUGUGUUGAAAAUCUUAGUGGAUUUGUUUCUGCGUUUCUGUUUUCUAUAGAGACUGAGACAACAAUUGGGUAUGGCUAUAGGGUCAUAACAGAGAAGUGCCCAGAGGGCAUCGUACUGCUCCUGAUCCAGGCUAUUCUGGGCUCCAUUGUCAAUGCGUUCAUGGUGGGAUGCAUGUUUGUCAAGAUCAGCCAACCAAAGAAGAGGGCUGAAACCCUUAUGUUUUCUAACAAUGCAGUGAUUUCCAUGAGGGAUGAGAAGCUCUGUCUCAUGUUCCGGGUUGGAGACCUCCGCAAUUCCCACAUUGUCGAGGCUUCCAUUAGAGCCAAACUGAUUAAGUCCAAACAGACCAAAGAAGGAGAGUUUAUCCCCUUGAACCAAACAGACAUCAACGUGGGAUUUGACACUGGAGAUGACAGAUUGUUCCUGGUGUCACCUCUUAUCAUCUCGCAUGAAAUCAAUGAGAAAAGCCCCUUCUGGGAGAUGUCCCGCACGCAGCUGGAGAAGGAGGAGUUUGAAAUUGUGGUCAUCCUGGAAGGAAUGGUGGAAGCAACAGGGAUGACUUGCCAGGCUCGCAGCUCCUACAUGGACACCGAGGUGCUGUGGGGACAUCGCUUCACUCCUGUCCUCACCCUGGAGAAGGAUUUUUACGAAGUCGACUAUAACAGCUUCCAUAGCACUUACGAGACCAACACGCCGGUGUGCUGUGCCAAAGAGCUGGCCGAGUCUCGCCGGGAGGGCCAGCUCCUCAGCCACCUCUCCAGUGCCACCCUCCUGAGCGGAGGCAGGGAAGCAGAGACAGCGGAAGAGGAAGAAGAAGAAGAGGAAGAAGGCAGGGAGCCAGCAGGAUUGAACGGAGCCAACGGGACAGCAGGAGAGGUGAAAGAAGAUAAUCCUGUAUAACACCCGAGCUGCUGGACAGGAGAUACCCACAAAAACUUCCCGGGAGACUGGCCUGGCAAAGUCAGGAACUGACCGGGAGCCAGAGAGCUGAGAUUUACGUCCAGAUCUCUGCUGCCUGCUGCUUGAUCCUGGCCAGUCACUGCACGGCACUGUGCCUCAGUUUCCCUCCCCUUUUGUCUGUACAGUGAGGUUCUGAGCUUUGCACUUGUUUGCAAAGCGUUUUGAUCUCUGUGGACAAGGCUCACUAAACAUGAUCACUGUUAAAAUUGAAAUCCCCGCCACUGGUUGUUUCAAAAGAUGUUCAUUGGAUGUUCAGAACUCUUCCCCCUUGAGAAGGUAUUUAAAAAGUAAAAAUCCAGAAUGUACCAUCUCAGUAUAAAGAAUGUGGUUUCAUACCUUCACUUAAUUUGUGAGUCAAUGUAUUGUAGACAUUGU